CUCCCUGUCGAAAAUGCUACAAUUCCAAGCGUGUCGACACACCUCGUCCGCGGACGAAGACUCGAGUCAAUUAUCCCCAAAUAUCUUCUCCCACAAUUCAUUCACAGACAAGGCGGUGGUGGUGGUGCCAGAGGCGGUGAAUCAUGGUGAAAUCGACGGAAGCAGGUUCUGUAGUGCCGCCAUUCUUGAAAAAAUGCUAUGAAAUGGUUGAUGAUGAAGCCUCGGACGCCAUAAUUUCGUGGAAUUUAAGCAAUGACAGCUUCGUGAUACGGGACACGACCGAGUUCAGUCACCAAUUGCUCCCUAAGUAUUUCAAGCACAAUAAUUUCUCAAGCUUCAUGCGUCAACUCAAUAUCUAUGGUUUCAGAAAAAUUGAUACAGAUCACUGGGAAUUUGCAAAUGAAGGAUUCAUCAGAGGUCAAAAGCAUUUAUUAAAGAAUAUCCGUCGAAGGAAACAACUUCAGGGCCAGGAUAAGCAAAAAUCAUCCCAUCAGCGGGACAAGUCUGCUGGAGCAUGUGAAGAAAUUGAGGCAUCCAAGCUUUGGAACGACGUGGAGAUUCUCAAGACUGACAGAAAUGCACUCACACAGCAGCUGGUUAAACUUAGGCAGCACCAGGAAACUGCAGAAAGUAAGUUGCUUGUCCUGAGAGAGCGCCUUCAAGGAAUGGAAAAAAAUCAGCAGCAGAUGUUGUCAUUCUUAGUGAUGGCCAUGCAAAGCCCUGAGUUUUUGGUUCAGUUUAUGCAGCCAAAAGAAAAAAACUGGCGAAUGGCUGAAGUAGGCAAAAAUAUGCUGGAACGAAGAGCAGAGAACGGUGAACCAGCAGCUUCUGAUGUGAUGAUAGUAAGGUACCAGCCACCAAUGGAUGAAACUCCAAAGCCUCUACCAAUUCCAACAUCAAAUUCAGAGAAAUCCCUGGAGUCUGAUGGGAUGAUAGUGAGGUACCAGCCACCAAUGGAUGAAACUGCAAAGCCUCUACUGAUGGCAAAGUCAAAUUCGGAGAAAUCCUUGGAAUCUGAUUUUUUCAUGAAUAUCGAUUUCAUGAAAAUACUGAUGGAUGGAAACAUGGGUUCUUCAGAGCAUCAGGAACCACUUAUUUUACCUGAUUUACCCGAUGAUGAUAUCCUUGACCAGCUUCUUUUAGAGAAUUUUGCAGAUGCUAAAUUGGAUAACCAACAAGCACCUAUUGAUUCUGGAAUGGUAAUGGAUCCAACAGUCAAUCAAACCCAGUUGGACGAACCUCAACAUUUUGAACUUCUCAACCUAGAGCAGAAAAUGCCCUUAAAACGAAUGGAGAAACCUUACGAGUUGGAGGUGGAAUCAACUCUUCAUGGAACACGGUUUGAGAAAUCUCAACACUCGGAACUUCUGACCGAACAAAUGGGGCAAUAAGCUUCUGAUACCAACUGCAUAAAUUAAUCAUCAUAGAGAAGAUGACAAAUUUUACUUGGGUAUAUCUCAGACAUUUUAAACUUAAUAGUAUAAUUCAUGAUAGAAAGACAUUCCUCAUUCCAGGUGUCCCCUGCGCUCAAUUUUGUCCUGGCAUGUAAGUUGGUUCUUGUUUAUUCUUCUGUUUACAUGCUAAAGUACAUGCAAACAAUUCUUUUAUCAUCUCUCUCUCUUUUGGUCUGGAAUUUUGUUUUAGAGACCAUAUAGUGUUGCAUAGUUAUUUCACAUUAUCUUGUUGCUGUUUUCAAGUCCAAUUUUUACCUGAUUAUAAAUUUGUUCUCCAUCUCAUUGACAGAUCUUGGCAAGAUGGCAUGAUCUUCUCUAAACAAUCAUUUUGAAGGAAUAGCAUGGGUUCAUCGUACUGCUCGAACAAUAUCUGAAAAAGAAAAGAAACUCUCUCAAAAAUAUACCAUACUCUGGACAGCAUACAAAAUUUCUUUCGAUUAACAUGCUCCACUAUCAUACUUCAGCAUAUGUAUAUUUUAGUGGCACAUGUACGUGGCCCAAAAUUGUCAUUAUGCACGAGAUCUUAUUGCAAUUUCUAAUUUGACAGAAUUUUGGCA